AUGUCGGGCCUCUUGCAAAAAGUGGAAAAUAUGCUACACAAUGAACAAGCCAAGCAUCCGUUACCCAAACCAUUACCCAUCGCGUGGAAUAAAGGAGUCCUGAAGUCAGAACUCCUCGCCCAUUCUAUCUUCGCCGGUGAACACGAUACGCUGAAAGAGGGAGAUGAUAAACCGAAAUUUGCGACGGGAACUUAUGUUGGGACUAAGAAGGCAGUAUCGGAAGUUCAUGCUCUUAUCAAUAAAACAUUCACCUCCUUUUUCGACGUUCAUCAAUUUGAGACCCAUCUCCCCACCGCCCCCAUCUCUCUCGCCGAAAAGAGAGAACGCUUUCAAUUCCAAACCCCCGGUUCCGACGGCUACCCACCUCACUUGAGUCUCGAGCCCAAAACCGAUUUCCUGCAUUCUCUCCAAAUAUUCCAAGCCGAUCGUCUCUUCGCCACCGCUCCCAUCGUCGGCCAAGUUAUCCCCGCCCAGAUCCUAGAUUUCCUCUACGAUGAACCGAAUCAGCGCUCCUUUGCUCAGAUCGAGAGUGUCAAUCGCAAACUCUUUGCCGAAAGGAGAGAUAUUGGAAAAGAAGCUAAUAUUGGAACGAGGAAGGAUUGGUAUGCAGAUGAUGUGUAUGCGCAACAACAGUUUACGGGGGUAAACCCAGUCACGAUUAAGAGGGCGAGUAAGCACUGGAUUCAACAGUUUAAGGCAGCAGCUAGUGCACAGGGGAAAGAGGAGUCGCUGAAGGUUAUUGGGGAGGGAGAGAGGGAUAAUGGGUUGUACGUGCAGGAUUGUAGUUAUUUUCGUGAGUUUGCGGGGGUGGAACAAGGGGAACCUUUGGUGAGUGGUGAUGGGAAGAGGUUUGCCUGUGCGAGUGUUAGUCUUUUUCACCUCCUCCCAACCGGAGCUCUCCACCCCCUAGCAAUAAUCCUCGACUACAACCACAAUAUCACACAAUCCCUCACCCUCUUCAACCGCCGCACCACCCCCUCCUCCCCCAAAACCCACGAAGCAACCGAUUGGCCCUGGCGCUACGCAAAACAAUGCGCCCAAGUAUCCGACUGGCACACGCACGAACUAGGCGUUCACCUCACACACACGCAUCUCAUCGAAGAAGGAAUAAUAAUCGCCUCUCACCGGACCCUCCCCGAAAACCAUCCCGUCUUCAAACUAUUGACUCCGCAUUGGCUGAAGACACUCCCGCUAAAUGCGGCUGCGAGAGCGAGUUUGAUUCCGCAGGUUAUCGUUAAUAUCGAUGGGUUGAAGAAAGAGGGCACUUUGAGUAUGGUGAGUAAACAGUAUGAAAGUUUUGAUUUCGUACAAAACUACGUUCCUAACGAUUUGGAAUCCCGCGGUUUCCCACUCGCGGAACUGGAUUCGAAAAGACUUCAUAAUUACGCGUAUGCGAAAAAUAUGCAUCUCAUGUGGCAAACGCUACGACGCUUUGUAGCUGGGAUGUUGCACCCAUCUUACCCCACCGAUAUCUCCGUCUCCAACGACGUCUACCUUCGCUCCUGGAGCUCCGAAAUCCGCUCUCCAACUGGUGCUUCCAUCAGCAGCUUCCCCGUGCUCACCACCGUCGCAGGAUUAGUCGAUGCAGUAACAAUGUGCAUCCACAUUGCGUCCUCCCAACACACUGCUGUGAAUUAUUUGCAAAACUACUAUCAAGCCUUUGUACCCAAUAAACCCUCAGCGUUAUUUGCACCCCUACCGGAGUCAAUUGCGGAGUUGGAGGGGAUGAGGGAACAGGAUUUGAUAAAUGCGUUGCCGGUGGGAGAUGCGAGGUCCUGGUUGUUGGGGAGUCAUUUGCCGUGGUUGUUGAGUAGUGUGGUGGCGGAUGAUCAGAGUUUGUUGGAGUAUGCGCUUAGUGUUAGGGGGGUGGUGGGGAGUGGGGAUGAGGGUGAGGAGGGGGGAGAGGAGAAAGAGAAAGAGAAAGAGGAAAUGGAAAAAGUAGCGGGUGAUUUCUAUGAGGAGUUGGUGAGGUUAGAGGGCGUAUUUGAUGAGAUUGCGUUGGGGGUGGAUGAUAAGACGGUGUUGUAUAGGGUUUUGGCGCCGGAGAGGACGGCGGUUAGUAUUUUGAGUUUAGGGGGGUAUUAG